AAUUAUGUCGAUUUCCGGUUGGACAUAAACAUUUGUUGUGUCGUUGGAACUGCACGCACAAUUUGAUUAAAAUGGAGAAACUUUUAGGAUUACUAAUAAUUUGUAUAUCAUUAUAUGGUAUUGUCUGUCCGCCCGUCAAACCUGAUGCAAAGCCAGAAGAAGGGGGCUCAGACACACAAGAUGAGCUUCCAGUAUUAGAAACUGACACCGAGGACACUGGGCUAGAAUAUGACCGUUACCUUAAGGAGGUAGUGAUGGCGCUGGAAGAAGAUCCAGACUUUAGAAAGAAAUUAGAAGAAACAAAUGCAACAGAUAUCAAGAAUGGUAAAAUAUCAAUGCAUCUAGAAAUGGUAGCUCACAACAUUAGAGAAAGAUUGGAUGAAAUUAAAAGACGUGAAGUCGACAGAUUAAGAAUUUUAGCACGAGAAAAAAUGAAAACUAUGAAUGGUAUGGAUGUCUUUCAUUACAUAUCGAUUCAUGGAGGUAUACAGAAAAUUGAUGAGAGAAUAUUGCACCAUUUGGAUGUUAAAAAUCCACACAGUUUUGAGGCAAAAGAUUUGGAAAAGCUUAUAGUAAAGGCUACAACAGAUUUGGAUGAAUUAGAUAAAAAACGAAAAGAAGAGUUCAAGGAAUAUGAAAUGCAAAAGGAACACGAAAGACAAGAUUAUUUGAAAACUUUACCAGAGGAAGAAAAGAAAAAAGCGGAAGAAAAACAUGUAGAAAUGGAGAAAAAGCAUCAAGACCAUCCUAAGCUUCAUCACCCUGGAAGUAAAGACCAACUAGAGGAAGUAUGGGAGAAAAAAGAUCAUUUAGACCCAAAUGACUUUGAACCCAAAACAUUCUUCAAGAUGCACGAUAUAAAUGGAGAUGGAUUCUUAGAUGAGGAAGAAGUUGAAGCAUUAUUUCAGAAAGAGCUUGAUCAAGUAUAUGAUCCAAAUGCACCAGAAGAUGACAUGAACGAGAGAUACGAGGAGAUGAACCGUAUGAGGGAACAUGUUAUGAACGAGUUGGACAAAGACAAGGAUAAGUUGGUCAGUAAGGAGGAGUUCUUGCAAUACACAGCAAGCAAUGACUUUAACAAGGAUGAACCUUGGGAUACUAUUGAUCAGAAUAAAGAGUAUACAGAUGAGGAAUAUAAAGAAUAUGAGAGAAUGCUGAUGGAAGAAGAAAUGAAAAGACGACAACAAGGAUCAUUUGAUUCUCAUGCUCAACCAGGAAUGGUUAUGCAACCACCACAUGAUCAGAAUGUAGAUCACAUGCAAAUGCAGCAACAACAUCAUCAACAACAACAGCAACAACAACAUCAUCAACAACAACAGCAACAACAGGUACAUCCAAACCCUGAUGCUGCUCUUCACUUCCAACAACAGGCUCAAAUGAACCAACAGCAGAUGCACAACCAACAACAAGCUCAAAUGAACCAACAGCAGAUGCACAACCAACAACAGAUGGCAGCACAGCAACAUCAACAGCAGAUGGCAGCACAGCAGCAUCAGGAGCAAAUGGCAGCACAGCAUCACCAGCAGCAAAUGGCAGCCCAGCAACAAGCACAAAUGGGUGGUCAACAACAAGGUGGGCAACAAUCUAACCAAUACCAACAAGGGAUGCCAACUCAGCAACAAGGUGUACCAGUCCACCAACAGGGAGUACCAGUACAGCAACAGCAACAACAUGUGCCAGUUCAACAACAACAACAACAACAUGUUCCAGUACAAAAUGUUCAACCAUUAGUCGGGCAUGAUCAGCCUGGAACAGUACCUGUACAUCAAGGUCAAGGACAACACCAAGGUCAACAACCUGGAGGACAUUAAUUAAAAUACCAAUUACAAAAGAAGUGCUCAACGGGGAAAUGGGUUUUUAAAUCUUUGAUGUGUUCAUUGCUAAACAUCUUUUGAUUUUAAGUUGAAUACUGUAACUUUAUAAAUUGAUAUUUGUAUUGUUAGUACAAAUGAAUGUUGACUGACAGAAUUGCAAGACUUGACAAAUUUGAUUUAAAUAUUUUUUGUAAAAGAAAAAUUCAAAGAAAAAUUUGAGAUAAUUCUAAGGUGCUUGUCAUUUCAUAUUUUUUGUAUAUUCAUGAAAACAUGCAAUGAUUUUAAAAUUUACAGUGCUUCAAUACUAGUAGACAUAAUGAAGAUGGAACAGCCAUUUUUAUCUAA